AUGCUGACUGCGAAAUCCAGCGACUGGUUAGCAGUGGCGACCUUGCCUUUCAUCGUUGCGCAAAACGUGACAGGAGUAUACUGGACAACAAUCGGACUGGGGAAACACAUAAGUCUAGUCAGCCCGGACAACAUCGUCAAAGGACUCUUAUUGCUCUACGCCGAUUAUCCUCUCUACGAUACCGCAAUAUCGCUCCCUAGAUUCUCGGCGCUCUUGUUCUACGCUCGCGUAUUCAACGCCCACAGCAAUCGGCUCUUGCGGACUGUACUCUGGACUACUGCUGCCUUGAACAUGGCCUGGUUGAUCUUUGCUAUAGUUUCAUCCAUAUUCCAGUGCACCCCCAUCGAAAAGGUUUGGAAACCAAGUAUCCAGGGCCACUGUAUCAAUACCUAUGAUUGGUGGAUGAGCAGCGCUAUUUCCAGUGUUAUCAUCGAUCUCAUCAUCCUGCUCAUACCUUUGCCGAUUCUGUGGAAACUACAACUCCCGCCACUUCGAAAAUAUCUUCUUCUUGGCGUGUUUGUCUGUGGCUAUUGCGUGAUAGUCAUCUCAAUUGGACGGCUCGUAGCUGACAUCAAAGCUGGUCCUGCUCUGGUCGAAGAUUUCACAUACAACGUUGUUCCCAUCACAUAUUGGUUGUCCUUGGAAGCGCCGGUGUCCAUUGUUAGCAUAUGUCUACCGAGCAUUUUCUCUUUCAUCAAAAGAGGCAUCCAAGGCGGCCCCUACUCUUUGCUCACAUCGAAAAACGAAGCCUCCCUCCACUUCAAUGAGCAGCGAGGCGACAUAACGGCGUAUCAAGGCGAGGGACUCGGCGGGCUUCACGGCGGAGAAACAUCCAUUGAAAGGCUAUACAUAAACGAGAGGGCCAAUCAACACAGUGCCACAGCUUUCAAAUCUCACUCCUCGGAAAGCUCUCAGAAGGACGCGGAAGAGCUUGCAAUGGAUGCUAUUCGGGUUCGGCAAGAUUUAAAUGUCAGCGUGCAGUAA